AUGGACGCGCGCGGUGGCACGAGUGAGAAGGACGAACCCAAGGGCAAGCCCGAUGACAAGACCGAGGAGAAGCCCAAAGAAAAUGAUGGUGCUACCAAGGAGGAGGACGCCGCUGCGUCAGGGCAGCAGAAGCCUGUGUCUAAUGGAUCCUUCGGCGUGACCGGCAAUGCAGUCGUCGCCCCGGCAUUCAAGGCUGCCCACCAAGACGUCAUGGCGCUGCACUCUGGGUCAGCGAAUCCUUCUGCAGCCGCUCCAAGCAAGAACAGCCAGGUGAACUGGAGUGAGGUGACGCUUACGCCACCAUCACCUAUGACAACGGCUAAGCCACAUACUUUCGGCUGUCCUAUCUACGAUGUUGGGAGGCCCUCCGGCUUUACCUUCAGUGCGAACUCGUCGGUCACAGGCAGCCAGGUGAACCAGAGUGCGGUAGGCUGCUCCACCGCACCGGCCAUGGCAACGUCCUCGACAUUUAGUUUCGGCAGUGCUCGACCUCCCGGCUUUAGCUUCGGAGCGAACCCAUUGGACACAGGCAGCCAGGUGAACCAGAGUGCGGCAGGCUACUUCACUGCACCGGCCAUGGCGACGCCCUCGACAUUUAGUUUCGGCAGUGCUCGACCUCACGGCUUCAGCUUUGGUGCAAACCCGUCGGUCACAGGCAGCCAGGUGAAUAAGAGUGCGGCAGGCUGCUUCACCGCACCGGCCAUGGCGACGCCCUCGACAUUUAGCUUCGGCAGUGCUCGAUCUCCCGACUUUAGCUUUGGUGCAAACCCGUCGGUCACAGGCAGCCAGGUGAACAAGAGUGCGGCAGGCUGCUUCACCGCACCGGCCAUGGCAACGCCCUCGACAUUUAGUUUCGGCAGUGCUCGACCUCCCGACUUUAGCUUUGGUGCAAACCCGUUGGUCACAGGCAGCCAGGUGAACAAGAGUGCGGCAGGCUGCUUCACCGCACCGGCCAUGGCGACGCCCUCGACAUUUAGUUUCGGCAGUGCUCGACCUCCCGACUUUAGCUUUAGUGCAAACCCAUCGGUCACAGGCAGCCAGGUGAACAAGAGUGCGGCAGGCUGCUUCACCGCACCGGCCAUGGCGACGCCCUCGACAUUUAGUUUCGGCAGUGCUCGACCUCCCGACUUUAGCUUUAGUGCAAACCCAUCGGUCACAGGCAGCCAGGUGAACAAGAGUGCGGCAGGCUGCUUCACCGCACCGGCCAUGGCGACGCCCUCGACAUUUAGUUUCGGCAGUGCUCGACCUCCCGACUUUAGCUUUGGUGCAAACCCGUCGGUCACAGGCAGCCAGGUGAACAAGAGUGCGGCAGGCUGCUUCACCGCAACGGCCAUGGCGACGCCCUCGACAUUUAGUUUCGGCAGUGCUCGACCUCCCGACUUUAGCUUUGGUGCAAAGCCGUCGGUCACAGGCAGCCAGGUGAACAAGAGUGCGGCAGGCUGCUUCACCGCACCGGCCAUGGCGACGCCGUCGACAUUUAGUUUCGGCAGUGCUCGGCCUCCCGACUUUAGCUUUGGUGCAAACCCGUCGGUCACAGGCAGCCAGGUGAACAAGAGUGCGGCAGGCUGCUUCACCGCACCGGCCAUGGCGACGCCCUCGACAUUUAGUUUCGGUAGUGCUCGACCUCCCGGCUUUAGCUUCGGUGCGAACCCAUCGAUCACAGGCAGAUCUUCCGGCUUUAGCUUUGAUGCAAACCCUUCGACCUCAGGCAGACAGGUGAACCAGAGUGACGUGGCCCGGCCCCUCUCGUUUCCCAGCGAAAAUGGUUUGCCAUCGGUUUUUGCUAAUGGUCACCCCUAUGUUCCAGGUUUCAACUUCGCUGCCAGUCAUUGGGACACAGUGCAAGUCAUCCCGAUUCACGCUUCCGGACCGGUCAAUAUAAUUGUCGAAGCUGAGGCGCAAAAGAUUGCUGAUAAUAGAAAGAAAAAGCAAAAGAGGAGGAAGAAAAAGCAGGGGGUGGUUAAGCCCAGCAAGCAUGUAAAAAAGGACCCCUACUCUUAA